AUGACAGCUCUUGUCGCAACUAUGCGCCCUCUCCCAGCCGACCUAGCCAUCACCGAGAGGUCGCGCAAGUUCUACGACGGCACAUACAAGUGGGACUCAGAUGGCUUCUAUGACGAGCAUGGCGUGUACCGCGAGUACGACUGCCUGGAUCCUCUUGCGCACGCUCCUACACCGCGACCUCCCAUGUUCCUUGACGAUGAAGAUGACGUCCAGAUCGAACUUGCAACCACAGGGCCGGCACAGCCUCUCUCUAGCAGCAGCACCGUCACGCUCACAAAGAGGUUGACUGUGGAGCCAGAUACGCCGUGCCCUGCGCCAGAGAACACUAUGGUGACCGACGAAGCUCGACGAAGUCCCGGAAGCAUUCACCGCUUCGCCGUGGACUUGCUCAGCACGCCCAAGCAAAGCAAAAUGGCGUACCAGGGUAAAUUCGACGCGGAGUCGCAGACUACCAAAGACGCUGUGGAUGGUCUCAGAGAUUUCGAGCCUGGGUCAGAGCCGGGUGAGAUAGUCGAGAUCCUGCACAGAAGUCACGACAUAUGUGAAGAAUCAAGUCCAGCGAAGAGGGAAAGCAACAGCGUAAAGAUGCCAGAAAUGCCGCCAGCCAGCCCGGUCAAGACUGUGUCUAUCCUACAAAACGUAGGUCCAGCCUCGACUAUCUCGACGCUGUCAUCGGCCUCGUCCAAGCUGUCGGAUGGGGAAAAAGACGAGGACAUCAAGAUCAAAGGCGCCUUUACAGCCCAGAACAGUCCAAGUCUGCCCAGCACGCUGUCCAAGACCUCGCCACCAAAGAAGCAAGGCGCCACGACCCGCGGCGUCGCCCAGAAGGCCACAAAGAGCUCCAAGAGAGCGUCCGUAAGCAAGUCCAUACCACCGAAUCGGAAGGAGAAUAGCGUCGAGGAGUUCACGCUAUUGGAGCUUCACUCGGGAUCGUUUCUGCGCGAAGGCAGCCUUAGAAAGUCUGCUCGGCAGGUGAAGCUGAAAGGGAAGUAG